GAGCGACAGAGCUUUAACGAUGCUCUCGAUGCUAGCCGCGGCAUGCUUGCCAUGAGCCAGACCGACAUUACACCACGAAACUUCUACGGAACCUCGCACAGCUCUGGAAGAAGCCCCACCGAUUCGUAUGGAUUCCCAUCGGGGCACUCCACCCACUCGUCCAUCUCUUCCGCCAGCGCGUACCCGACCUACUACAACAGCUCGGUCAGCGAGGCGUCCGCAGGCGACUACAGCUCCGCCAGCGAAUCGGUCGACAUGCCAAACUCGAGGACUCUACCCCGACCAAAUUGUCUUACUGGCCUUCCACCAGCACCACAAUCGAUGAUGGGCCAAUUCAGUUCCAAAGUGUCUUGCAGCUCACAGAAGAAGCACAAGUGCAAGAUUUGCGACAAGCGGUUCACCAGACCCAGCUCUCUGCAAACCCACAUGUACAGCCAUACUGGCGAGAAGCCCUUUGCAUGCGAUGUUGAGGGAUGUGGACGCCACUUCUCGGUGGUUUCAAACCUGCGAAGACAUCGCAAGGUCCACAAGGGCGAGGGCCACGAACAUGCAUCGCCUGAUGAC